UUGGGUGACGGACUACGGGAUUUGCCUUGGAACCCAUCUCUCCCAGGGACAACAUAACUCCCCUUCUUCGCUCGUCCCCGCUUUAGACCUCAACGCUACCCAAGCUGCACGGGUAGUAUUGCCUACGCUCCCGCUGAUUCCUCUACCUACCCAGCACUCUUCUCGAGAGCCAUAUCCUCGAGGACGAGAUGGCGACAAUACCAAUCGUCGUCAAACAUCAGGGCACCAAGUACGAUGUCGAGGUAGACCCCGAUUCGACCGGUGAGGUCUUCAAGUUCCAGCUAUACAGCCUCACCGGCGUCGAGCCCGAGCGUCAGAAGAUCGUGAUCAAGGGUGGCCAGCUUAAAAAUGACACCCCGAUGACCAAGUUUGACUUUAAACCUGGGCAGUCGAUAAUGAUGCUGGGAACACCGGGGAAGGAUGGGAAGGAAGCUCUGGUCCGACCAAAGGAGCAGGUCAAGUUCGUCGAGGACAUGACUGAGGCUGAAGCCGCACAGCAAGAGGGCGCCAUACCUGCUGGUUUGACUAACCUCGGCAACACAUGCUAUCUCAACUCAACUCUCCAGGCCCUGCGUGCCAUCCCGGAGCUUCAGGCUGCUCUUGUUAAGUACGAGCCACAGGAGUCGACUCCGCCCAGUUUACUACCCCAGCUAGACCUAACCAAACAACUCCGGGAUCUCUACCGAUACAUGUCCGAGACCCAGAAUGCAUUCACACCCCACACUUUCCUGGCCGCGUUGCGAACCGCAUUCCCCCAAUUUGCCGAGCGCUCACGCACCGGGCCCGGAUUUGCCCAGCAGGAUGCGGAGGAGGCCUGGUCUCAGAUUGUCACGCAACUGCGACAAAAGCUGCGCGUGACGGAAGCGCCUGGUUCUGCCGCGGAGUCCUUCAUCGAUAAGUACAUGGCGGGGGAGUUCGCGUCUGAACUGGAGUGUGAUGAGCCUGCAGCUAAGGAGGCCGGCGAGCAGCCUGUCACCUCAAAAGAGGCCUUCUUAAAAAUUAAUUGUCACAUCGAUGCCAACACAAACCACCUGCGGGAUGGCAUUGCGAAUGGAUUGAGCGAAAAGCUCGAGAAGCGCUCGGAGCUCCUAGACAGGGACGCCGCCUAUACGAAAACUUCCAAAAUCUCCCGGCUGCCCAAGUACUUGACAGUUCAUUUCGUUCGCUUCUUCUGGAAGCGGGAGACGCAGAAGAAGGCCAAGAUCAUGCGCAAGGUCACCUUUCCCCAUGAGCUCGACAUGGUCGAAUUCUGCGACGAGAAGCUCAAGGCCAUGCUGGUCCCCGUCAGAGACAAAGUCCGAGAAGUCCGGAAGGAUGAAGAGGACAUCGAGCGCGCACGGAAGCGGCGUAAGCGGAAUGGGGCGGGCGAGGACGCCGGCGACGCUGCCGGUUCGAAGGGUAACAAGAAGGAUAGUAAGAAGGACGAUGGCAAGAAGCCUAGCACCUCCGCAGAUGGCGACGUAGAGAUGACCGAGACUUACAAGACGGACGCCGAGAUCGACGCGGAGCGCGAUGCCGCGCUUCUGGCCGCCAAGAAGGAGCUGCACGCGCUUAUAGACCCAGAGCUAGCCAAGGACGACGGCGCCAACCUGUCGGGCCUAUACGAGCUCAGGGGCGUUGUGACGCAUCAGGGCGCCAGCGCGGACAGCGGCCACUACACCGCCUACGUCAAAAAGGCCGCCCCGGUUGACGCGAAGACCGGCAAGCGGAAGGAGGAAGACGGCAAGUGGUGGUGGUUCAACGACGACAAGGUAUCGGAGGUGACGUCGGAUAAAAUUGAGACCCUGGCCGGAGGUGGCGAGUCGCAUUCGGCUCUAAUUCUACUAUAUCGUGCCAUUCCCUUGCCAUCCGCCGACGGUACGCUCGAGUAAUCCUGUAGCAGGGACGAGGACGUCGCGUUCGUGUGUGGCGGUUUUCUGUUAAAGAAAAGGAUGCAUGGCGACUAGGGAAUACGGAUUAGCAUUAGACUUACGUUCGUUGAUCCGAACGGGUUCGGAAAUAGACGCCGUGCCUCUGGGGGCUUAGUUGUUAGACUCCAGAGUCCUCUUCCGCUGCGUACCGACUCUUAACACCUGUAGUAGUAUGUAGGUAUUAUUGUUGAUGUUCUCAUUGAAAGUCGUUGCCUAUCAUGAGU